AUGGGUGUCAAUUGUGACAUGUCCAGUAGUUUAUGUGCCAUAAAACAGCCAUGCAAAAACAAUGGAACAUGUAACGGAACUCACUACAGUUACGAUUGUUCAUGUCCAUGUGGUUUUAAUGGUACAGAUUGUGAAUUUGACUAUCGACCUUGUAAACCAUAUACUUGCCUGAACAAUGGUACAUGUAACGCAACAUCAGAUUCAUUGUUUGUUUGCACAUGCCUAUCUGGUUGGCAAGGUGUUCAUUGCGAAUCUAUAGUAAACUUCUGUGAUAAUAACUCGUGUUUGAAUAAUGGCGUUUGCCGACCAUUAUUAGAAAAUUAUACAUGUGAAUGUCUUGGUGAUAGUUAUUCUGGUCGUCUUUGUGAAAUAUCUUCCCCGAAAACCAUUAUGCUAAAAACUGUUUCAAAAUCAUUUGCUUAUAUUUCGAUUCUUGCUGUAGUAGCUGUUGCUAUGUUUGUUAUUACGAUGGAUAUGCUAAAAUAUUGUUUUGAAUCUGUUGAUUUAUGUCCUGACAACGAUGCUCUAAAUUUCACAACAAUUUUCUUGAUCACAUUUGGAAGUGGCCCUACUCUAUUUUCCAAUAAAACACCCGCUGAUUUUAAUUUCACUACAAGUCACAGUCAAAGCUUUACAUUUGACGUAAAUGACGGUAUGUUUGCUUUUGUGAAUGAAGUUCCUGAUCUUAAUAAUGGAUGGCAUGGUAACGCAUCAGAUUAUACGACCAAUGAUACCGAUGGAUACAUGUUUUUGGUAAAUAUGCAGGGAAUUGACCCUCAGAUUUUCAACUAUAAAAUAGACGAUCUUCAUAUUGGUCGACUUUAUGAAUUUUCUGCCUAUGUCGCAAAUGUUGUCAGAAAGGAAAAAUGCUUGAAUAAACCAAAUAUCCGUUUUGAAGUUAGAGCUAUUAACGAAAGUGGGAAUGUAAUUGCAAAAAAAGGUACUGGUGAUGUGCCAGCAUGCUACAAUAUGAGCUGGUCAAAAUACGAUAUUUCAUUCGAAACGACACAUAGUUCAGUCGUAUUGUUGAUGAUUUCAAACGUUGCUGAAGGUAGCGGUAACGAUUUAGCCGUUGAUGAUAUCGAACUACGUGUUUAUUCAACAAAUGAUCUCGAUGAUACUUCUACUACAGAAUCUGAUGAUGUAUGCUCAAAACAUGAUAAUAACACUUAUGAAUCGCUUUUCUUUAUAACGUUUGGUUCUGGUUCCGAUCGAUUUUAUAGUAAAACUGCUUCUGAUUUUAACUUUAAAACAGAUCUCAAAAAAGAAUCGUGGUCAAAUUUUAACCCCGGUGCUUACGCGUUUGUGAAUUCAGUUCCUUCUUCCUUUUUCUUUAAGUGGCACGAUGCAGCGAAAGAUCAUACAACAAAUGACACAGAUGGCUACAUGUAUCUUGCCGGUGUGGGAAAUGUAAACGAUACGAUUUUCAAUUACAAAAUAAAAACUCUUUGCGUUGGUGUAGAUUAUGAAUUUUCUGCUUAUUUCACCAAUAUUAUGAGAAAAAUGCGGCGGAUUUCCGUGACAGAACCGAAUAUUCGUUUUGAAGUGCGAGCGGUGCAUAAAAAGGGUGAUUUGAUUGCACAAAAAAGUACAGGCGAUAUACCUGUAUAUCAGCAUAUGACUUGGUCAAAGCAUGGGCUCUCGUUUGUAGCGACAAGUAGUUCAGUCGUACUAUUGAUGAUUUCAAACGUUGGUGGACACCCGGGAAAUGAUCUUGCCAUUGAUGAUAUACAAUUACGGGUUUCUUCAGCUAACCAAACUGGGUUUUGUUAUCCAGGUUAG